AUGUCGGGCAAUCUUAUUCGUGUUUGUUUAUUUCAACACAAGACAGGUCUGGUUUUCAAAGCCAAUGUUGACAAAGGUGCACACAGAGAGGCUGGAAGAGAUAGGAAGGCUAAUUCCAAUAACGAUGAGGCUGAACUGGCUAAGAAGGUCGUUGAAGAUCUGUUACGGGAGCAUCCAGCCUGGAGAUCAGAAAAGAAUGUUGCAAAUUGUGAGGGGAGAGGAAUUUGUGUGUAUAAUUUGCCUGCUAAGUUCAGCAAGGAUUUGGUAGGUCAAUGUGUUGAUAUGAUGCCAUGGUCUAGUUUUUGCGAGUUUUUCAAUAAUGGUGGUUUCGGUGAAGCCCUUCCGGAGCUUGGCCAUGCCUGUUACCACACUCAUCAGUAUGCUUUAGAGCUAAUUUUUCAUGAAAAAGUUUUGAAGCAUCCCUGCGGGGUUUAUAAUAAAAAUGAAGCCAAACUUUUUUAUUAUGGUGGCUUAGAUACACUAUGGUGGCAUUUCAAAAAUGUCUCCGAUGAUGUUAAAGAUCUGUCAGUAGAGUUGAUAAAAUGGCUUGAGUCCCAAAAGCCAUGGAUUCAACAUUCUGGUAAGGAUCAUGUAAUUGUCUUGGGAAAAAUUUCUUGGGAUUUCAGGAGAGGAGGUGCGUCUACAUGGGGCACAAUGCAAAAUCCAAUAAAGCUUUUGGUUGAGCGGCCAUGGCAUGUGAAUGACAUUGGAAUUCCUCAUCCUGCUUUCUUCCAUCCUCAGUCAGACGACGACAUUCUCCUGUGGCAACUCAAAGUUACCCAGUCGCAACGUAAGAGCCUGGUCAAUGUUGCCCGGGGAGCAAGGCCUGGCCAUCCAGAGUAUAUAAGGUCCAUUUUGAUAACCCAAUGCACUUUUUCACAGAAUGAAACCUGCAAGUUCUUAAAUUGUUCUUCAGGUUUAUGUCACAAACCCAAACCAGUUAUGGAUCUCUUCAUCGAAUCUGAAUUCUGCCUGCAGCCUUCUGGGGAUAGUCCAACGAGAAAAUCAGUCUUUGAUUCACUUAUUUCAGGUUGUAUUCCUGUUCUGUUUGAUCCUUUUACUGCUUAUUAUCAACAUCCAUGGCAUUCACUAGAGGAUCAAGGUAAAUAUUCAGUGUUUAUAGGCCAAGAUGAGGUGAGGAAAAUGAAGGUGAAUGUGAUAGAGAGGCUGAUGAAGGUUUCAGAAAAGGAUAGAGAGAAUAUGAGAAGGUAUAUAGUGUGUGAAUUAUUGCCAGGGUUGGUAUAUGGAGAUUUAGAUUCUAAGCUUGACAAGUUUCAGGAUGCAUUCUCAAUUACCAUGAACAAUCUGCUUGAGAGGGUGAAUAGAAAAAAGUGGGGUGAGAAACCAAUUUCAGGUAUCAUUGAAGACAUUUCAAUUCGAGAUUAACAUUUCGCCAGUGUCACUG